GAUAACCGGAUAUGGAAUAUAAAGGCAAAUACGACACUUUCAGUGUCUUCACAUCGAUUUCAAGUGACAGACGUGCCAAGCUCAAGCCAAGCAAACACUUAAUUUAAGCGAAAAACGUUCAAGCAUGUCCAAGCUCACGGAAUAUGCCGUCAUUUGGAUACUUUUAAUCGUGGCCAUUGGCUGCCUUGUCUUGGGCCUAAUCUUUGGCCUUGGCAACGAGGUAGAUGGCCGCAUUGGCGCCGUUGCUUCCAAUGGCGUUGGCUGUGCUGAGAUCGGUGGCCAAAUGCUCGAUGUGGGGGGCUCAGCGGCCGAUGCCGCAAUUGCCACAAUGCUCUGCGAGGGCGUUAUGUUGCCACAUAGCUUGGGAGUUGGCGGUGGCUUCGUGGCCACCAUUUACAACAAGGCAACUGGCCAGAUGGAGACACUGAUUGCAAGGGAAACGGCGCCGGCGGCAGCAACACAAGACAUGUUUGUGAAUCUAACCAAGGAUGAUCAUGUGACGGGCGCUUUGUCCUGUGCUGUGCCCAGCGAGAUCUUUGGCUAUUGGAAGCUACACGAGCGACUCGGCAAAUUGCCCUGGCGUGCACUUUUUGAGCCGACCAUAGAGCUGUGUCGCAAUGGCAUCACCGUCUCGCUUUAUUUGGCCGGCGUGCUGGCCAACAAUGAGGAGCACAUCCGGCGGGAGCUCUCCAUGUCCGAGAUCUUCAUCAAUCCCGCCACAGAGCGCGUCUACAGAGAGGGCGAGGUCAUGUAUCGGCAUGUGCUAGCGGACACUCUAGAGAUUAUUGCCACAGAGGGAGCUGAGGUGCUCUACCGAGGUGGACGUGUGGGACGUAUGUUGGUCGAGGAUAUCCAGGAGAUGGGCGGCAUCAUAACCGAGCAGGAUCUGCAGAGCUACAAUGUGCGCUGGGAGGAACCGCUGCGCAGCAGCUUUGGACACGGCUACGACUUGUACACAACACCGCUGCCCACCAGCGGAGCACUGUUGAUCUUCAUCGUGAAUGUGAUGGACAAAUUGCACUCGAAGGACAUGCCGAUCGAAACGUAUUGGCAUCGCCUCGUGGAGAGCUUCAAGCACGCCUAUGGCCAACGUAGCAAUCUGGGCGAUCUGCACUUUGAGCCCUCGGUGCGUCCGCACUAUCGGAAGCUGAUCGAUCCGAGAUUCGCUGACAAGAUUCGUGCACUGAUCCGGGACGAUGUGACGUUUGAGGAUAUACAUUAUUAUGGCGCCAAUUUUAGCAGUGUCGAGGAUCAUGGCACUGCGCAUAUUUCGGUGCUGGCGCCCAAUGGCGAUGCCAUCUCGGUGACCAGCACGAUUAACGGAGAUCUCGGUGCUCGGCUGCGAUCGCGGCAAACCGGAUUCAUACUCAACGACCAGAUGAAUGACUUCUCAAAGCCGGGACGUGUGAAUGCCUUUGGCAUUCCCGAUAGUCCUGCGAAUUACAUUAAGCCCGGCAAGCGUCCCAUGUCUUCCGCAUGUCCCAGCAUUGUGCUCGACAAACAGGGCAAUGUCCAGCUGGUUGUUGGCGGCGCCGGCGGCCCAAAGAUCACCACCUCGGUGGCACAGGCCAUACUCCGGUACUUUGUGCUCAAGGAGUCCGUCUACAAUGCGGUUAACUCGGGUCGACUGCAUCAUCAGCUGGUGCCGAUGCACGUCGAAUUGGAGCCAUCGGUGCCGCGACGUACGGCUGAUCAUCUGGAGGGAAUUGGUCACAAGCUCAGUCCAUUGAGUGGGCACAGAGCGUACUCGGCCCUCACGGCCAUUGGCAGCAAGGAGAACGUUCCCGAUCCCAUCUGCGACUAUCGACGCGAGGGCAGCGCUGUCCUAGUUGGUCCCAGCCUGGAUUAUGUUUAACUCGCAUCAUCUACUCACUUCUUCCUCCCUCUCUCACUCUCUCUCUCUCUCUGUCCAUCCCCAUCUCAGCUCAUCAACUACUUACAAUAAAUUAAAAUAUACAUUUUUAAUAUACUAAAGAAAUAACAAAACAAUUUCAUGCAGAAAUCUCGCAUUUUUCAUUUUUCCAUAUUUUAAGUCACAACAAAUAAGAAAGCUACAGUCGAGUCUAAAAUAAUGCACUUUGUUCCAGUCUAUUUACAUAUAUUUUAAGUGUGUAUUCAAGGUGACUUCUAAUCUGGUGUAAAGCAUUUGCCUAACUUCCAAAUUUGAGACAUUUAUAGAUUACCGAAUGCUAGAUAAGGGAAAAUGUGAAUGUCUGCUUACAAGUUUUAAUGUUUGCUAAGACUCAAAUAGAAAUAGCGUCCAUUGAUCUCGCUUUCUGUCAUCUUAUCUCUGUCUCCCUCUUAAUUUCUAUCUCUUUCUUAAGCAUGAUAAGAGAAAUGCUUGCGAUUAUAGCGAUUGUAUUAGAUCUAAUUAAUAUAAUUUUUUCAUC